UUUGAUUGUAGGAUAAAUACCCCUUCUCACCCAAGAAGAGACGAAAAUCCAUUAAAAUUAACCAGACAAGGUUUGAAGUUAAAUGCGAAGCAGAGUUGAAUCAGAACCCGAUCCCGACACCAUGGUUGGGGGAAAUGGGAACUGCAUGGAAGUAGGCCAGACCACGCAAGGGCCGCCAUGUCUGCGCCUGCGAGAAAGAAAGCAUGACCAUGUCCUUCGUCUGUGAAUCAUAAAGAUUGAUGCUAUCUACUCUAUGCAUAGCCAGCUCUCUAGGUGCUCCCUUCUUGAUCUCUUGCUUCGCCAUCCACCCAACCGCCGCUACCGCCCUCUGACGCUCAAGCAGUUGCAGCAAACCCACUCCCAGAUCCUCACAAACGGACUCCAGACCGACCACUCGGUGAUCAGGAGCUUCUUAGCUCUCUGCGUUCAUUCAGGACGCGUUGAUUACUGCGCUUCAUUCCUGAGAGAGAACGGACCACCAUGUUCCGAUCUUUGGAACUCGACCAUAAAGGCUACUGCAGAGGCGGGUUGGGAGCAGGAGGCCCUCUCUUGCUACGUGAAGAUGCUGCAACAGGGUGCGUGCCCGCAAAAAUCAACCUUUUUGCUGGUUCUUCGUCUCUGCGUGGCGUCUCUCGCCGUUGGCUUCGGGGAGGGAGUCCAUUGCCGGAUUCUGAAGAUGGGUUUUGGAUUUGAUGCGUACCUUCUAACUGGGUUGCUCGAUUUUUACGCAAAGAAUGGUGAGCUGCGGUCGGCGGAGACAGUGUUCGAAGAAAUGCCUCAGAGAGAUGUCGUUGCGUGGAACUCCAUGCUUGCCGCGUAUUCGCGGCACGGUCGUGUCGAAGAUGCGAGAAAAAUGUUUGAUCAAAUGCCUGAGAGGAACACCGUGUCCUGGAAUACCAUAAUCUAUUGCUACUGGAGGUGCGAGGAUGAUGUUGAAGCCCGCCGCUUGUUCGAACAGGCUACCCUUAAGGAUGUCGCCACUUGGAACUCAAUGAUCUCGGGGUACUGUAAAUCCGGCGACUUGGGUUCUGCUUGGGAGCUGUUUGAACGGAUGGACACGAAGAACUCCAUUUCGUGGAACACCAUGAUUUCAGGCUGCGUGCAGAGUAGGGAGUUCCGCAAGGCACUUUCAGUUUUCAACAGGAUGCAGGCAGAGAAUGUGAGAGCUACUGAAGUCACCAUGAUUAGUUUGUUGUCAGCGUGUGCUCAUUUGGGCGCUUUGGAUGUUGGCAGAUGGAUCCAUGCUUAUAUUGAAAAGGAAAGGUUGAAGGUUGAUGUAGUUUUGGGAACUGCACUCAUAGACAUGUACAUGAAGUGCGGCAGUAUUGGCGCUGCUAUGCAAAUUUUCCAUUCCAUCCGUAGAAGGAACAUUUUUUGUUGGAAUGCAGUUAUAUCAGGGUUGGCCAUGAAUGGUCUGGGGGAAGAAGCCAUUGAUGUGUUCUUGAGGAUGGAGAAGGAGAACAUGAGGCCUGACCAUGUUACCUUUGUUGGGUUGUUGAGUGGGUGUAGUCAUUUGGGCUUAGUUGAGGAAGGUCUGCAUUUUUUUUAUCAAAUGCCAAAAAAAUAUGGGAUUGAACCUAGGAUAGAGCACUAUGGAUGUGUAGUUGAUCUUCUCGGCCGCGCUGGACUGUUAGACAGAGCACAAGAGUUUGUGGAGACAAUGCCAAUGACUCCAAAUGGUGUAACUUUAGGCAGCUUGCUUCGUGCUUGCCGCGGCAGCAGAAACAACCUGUUGAAGGAGAAAAUUAUCAAGCAGAUGAUGGAUUUAGAUCCUAGCGAUGGAGCAAACUAUGUCCUAUUGUCAAAUCUUUAUGCAUCGGCAAAUCGAUGGGCGGAUGUUGAAGUGAUCCGUGAAAUGAUGAGAGAAAGAGGUGUCCAGAAAACUCCAGGAUGUAGCUCUAUAGAGUUGAACAAUAUGGUUCAUGAAUUUGUUGUUGGUGAUUCUUCUCAUCCACAGUUCGAGAGGAUCAGCAAGUUCCUGGAUGAGGUUUCUAAAAAAUUGAGGUUGCUUGGGCAUGAAUCAGAUACAGGCCCUGUUUUGCAUGAUAUUGAUGAGGAGGAGAAGGAGAGUUCUGUUAGAUAUCACAGUGAGAAAGUGGCAAUUGCUUUUGGGAUCAUGAACACCAGCCCUGGUUCUGUGGUGAGGGUGGUGAAGAAUCUGAGGAUGUGCAGUGAUUGCCAUGCUGCUACCAAACUAAUCGCCAAGUUGUUUGGCAGGAAAAUCAUUGUAAGAGACAGGAGCCGAUUUCACCAUUUUAGUGAAGAUGGAUCGUGCUCUUGCAAGGAUUAUUGGUAAGAGUGCGUGGGGACAAACAAAUGCUCUUUCUUUUGAUUCAUCAAUUUGUUCAUUUGAAGUACAGUUUGAACUUGUUUGGGAGAUUCUUAAAAUCAUUUCAUCGGGUUGGCUACGGGAGUCAUUUGUUAGCACAGCGUCUACAGACAUUGAAUUAUUCAGUUAUUUGGAGUAUAGACCGUUGGUUCAAGAUUUGCUUCAAAAUGUGUGGCGUCCAAAGUGUGAUAAUGAUGGAAAGUUUUAACAUAUUAUUUGAAGGUUCAUAGUAGACGUGCUUUUGAUCACUCGAAAGUGUAAAUAAGUUACAGAUUUUGAGAAAAUCUGAUGGCCAUAUAUACCCCAGCGACCCAGCCUCAUACUAACUUGUAUUUUGGUGUCUAGUCCUUUAAGAUGUGAACUGAAACUGGCCGUGAGGCGAGUUGAGGGAAGGAAGACUGCGCAUGAGGUUCACUGUUGGGUUGGAUCAGUCUAAAAAAUGAUUCACUUGUUGGCUGUUUAAGUGAGUCUAUUGAUUUCCUGAAUUGUUUUAGAAAUGUUGGCAAUCAUUGUAUGUUUUUAUUAGUAUUACUCUUGAAUAUGAAGCAGGUCUGAGUGGACUUGGCUGGUGCUGGCUACUCUUGCUAGUCCUUGGCUGGCGUAGCCGCUGAUUUCUUCUGCA